AAUGAUGGAGUAAAAAGCAGCAUGAUUGGUGGAUGCAGGCGAGAAGAAAAAUAAAACCCAGAACGUUGCUUUUGCACUCCGGACGCGACGCGACAAACGCGAAUGAAUCCAGCGCGUGCUUUCGAUCACAGGUGAAGAACUGAAAUAGAAAAACCUCUUGAAUCACAGCAAAAACAUCCACAUCCACACAAGGAGCUAAAAGUACACAAUGGUCGCUCGCGAUAUGUGUCUCUCAGACAAGCUUAGCGCUGCGUCGCUUGAGUGACAGCUCGCUGGCCAAUAGGAACAUCCAGCGGCCCAACUUCGCUUAGAACCGACCAAUGGCGAACGGCAGAAUACGGGCCUAAACGCAAGUUAGGCUGUUGUAGCAGGCGGCCAGCGCUAAACUUCACCAAAUAAUAGCUGUUUGUAUUUUGGCUGCCGCAGUAGCCAUUUUAGUGUCCUUGGAAAUAAAUGCGGAGAGAGGAACGCGUAGGUUUUUGCGCUAGCUGAUGUCCGGAGCCGGCGUGUCCAGACGCAGACACAAAGAUCAAGAAAAAAUGAAAAUACAAAAGAAGGACAAGCAGAUGUCUGCCACCCAUGUACUAAAGCACACUCCAUCCGCUGCUGCCUCGAAUGCCUCUGACCAAAACGCACAAACUACAUUUCCCAUCGGCCACUUGGGCAAAGAACAGUUACGGAUUAUCGGAGGGCCGCCCAAUCAUUGCAUGACUCACACAAAGGCUGGGUCUGCGGCCAGCAGUCACAGUCUCCGCCCUUCAUCAAUCAACAGUGAGGAGGAUGAUGGAGGGGGCGGGACCAGGGUGAAGAAGAAACGAAGGAAAAAAGACAAGACUGAGUCGGAGUGGAACAAAGAUGGAGAAAGCAACGCUAAACCAAAGAGAAGGGUGCAAAAGGAAGGGAAGGAGAUUCUUCCGAGAAAGUCAAAGGCGGUGAAGGAACAAAAGGAUCAUAAGAGGGAGGCGAAAGGUCAAAAGGAGGUCAAAAAGGUCAAGAAAGGUCAAGAUGUGAAAGUGAAACCACAGCCCAAGAACACUGCAACACAUCCGCCCUCCAAAAGAGGGAGGAAGCCAAAAGAGCAGGGUGCCAUGCCUCCGGAGAAGAAGAAGAAGGGAAAGAGGAAAAGUGAUGCUGUACUUGAGAUGGUGGAGAGUGAUGACACAGCCUCUCUCAGCACGCUCGCCACCGGCGGUGAGGAAAGCACCGACCCUAUGGAUAACACUAAGAGGCGAUCAGGGCGUCAAGUGAAGCGGCGGAAGUACAACGAAGAUCUUGAUUUCAAGGUCGUGGAUGAUGACGGGGAGACCAUUGCCGUGUUGGGCGCGGGCCGAAUUGCUGCCAUGUCUUCCUCUACCCUCGCCUGGCAGGCUGAGGAACCCCCUGAAGAUGAGGCUAAUAUUAUUGAGAAAAUACUCUCUGUGCGAACGGUCAAGAAAGAGACAUCCCCUGAUGAAGCACCAGAAGAGUUGGAGGAGUUUUACGUCAAGUACAGAAAUUUCUCCUAUCUGCACUGUAAAUGGGCGACCUUGGAGGAACUGGAAAAGGACCCACGCAUUCAACAAAAACUCAAGCGCUUCAGAAACAAGCAGGCACAAAUGAAGCACAUUUUCACAGAGCCGGAUGAAGACCUUUUUAAUCCAGAUUAUAUUGAGGUUGAUCGGGUUUUAGAGAUCGCUAUCACCACUGAUACAGAAACAGGAGAGGAAGUUACCCACUACCUGGUGAAAUGGUGCUCAUUGUCAUAUGAGGAGAGUACUUGGGAGCUUCAGGAAGAUGUUGACCCUGUGAAAAUCCGAGAGUUUGAAGACCUCAAGAAAAUACCAGAAAUUAAACUUGUGGAAAGGCCUCUACCAGAACAGUGGCAAAAACUGGAGAAGUCCAAAGAAUACAGGAAUGGGAACCAGCUCAGAGAAUACCAAUUAGAGGGAAUGAACUGGCUUCUUUUCAACUGGUACAACAGGAAAAACUGUAUUCUGGCUGAUGAGAUGGGGCUGGGGAAGACCAUCCAGUCCAUAACGUUCCUCUUUGAGAUUUUCUACAUGGGUCUGAGAGGACCCUUCCUCAUCAUCGCCCCGCUCUCGACGAUCACCAACUGGGAGAGGGAAUUCCGCACAUGGACUGAAAUGAACGUCAUUGUCUAUCACGGCAGCCAGAUCAGUCGGCAGAUGAUCCUGCAGUAUGAGACGUACUACCGAGAUGAACAGGGAAACAUCAUGACUGGUCAGUUUAAGUUUCAUGGCGUGAUCACUACAUUUGAAAUGAUUAUGGCUGACUGUCCGGAGCUGAAGAAGAUUAACUGGCGCUGUGUGGUGAUUGAUGAGGCCCAUCGCCUAAAAAACCGCAACUGUAAACUGCUGGAGGGACUCAAACUCAUGAACCUGGAACAUAAAGUUCUUCUCACAGGAACUCCUUUGCAGAACUCAGUUGAGGAACUCUUCAGUCUUCUUAACUUUCUCGAACCCUCACAGUUCCCUUCCGAGACCACGUUCCUGGAGGAGUUCGGAGACCUAAAGACAGAGGAGCAGGUAAAGAAACUGCAAGCCAUUCUGAAGCCCAUGAUGUUGAGGAGACUGAAGGAUGAUGUGGAGAAGAAUCUGGCCCCUAAAGAGGAGACGAUCAUCGAGGUGGAGCUCACUAACAUUCAGAAGAAAUACUACCGUGCCAUUCUGGAGAAAAACUUUACCUUCCUUGCCAAGGGAGCGAACCAGCACAACAUGCCCAACCUCAUCAACACAAUGAUGGAGCUUCGCAAGUGCUGCAAUCACCCAUACCUCAUUACAGGUGCUGAAGAAAAGAUUCUUGAGAGCUUCAGGAAAACCUACAGUUCUGACGCUCUGGAUUUUCAGCUGCAGGCAAUGAUCCAGGCCGCUGGUAAACUAGUGCUUAUCGACAAGUUACUGCCCAAACUGCUAUCUGGAGGACAUAAAGUGCUGGUGUUUUCCCAGAUGGUUCGAUGCCUUGAUAUACUGGAGGACUACCUCAUUCAGAGGAGAUAUACAUACGAACGGAUUGAUGGGAGAGUUCGAGGGAAUCUAAGGCAGGCUGCCAUCGAUCGCUUCAGCAAGGUGGACUCUGACCGCUUCGUGUUCCUCCUCUGUACACGAGCAGGAGGUCUGGGCAUCAACCUCACCGCCGCCGACACCUGUAUCAUAUUCGACUCAGACUGGAACCCGCAGAACGACUUGCAGGCUCAAGCUCGCUGCCACCGGAUCGGUCAAAGCAAAGCGGUGAAAGUGUAUCGACUUAUCACGAGAAACUCAUACGAGAGGGAGAUGUUUGACAAGGCCAGUCUGAAACUGGGAUUGGACAAGGCUGUUCUGCAGGACAUCAACCGCAAGGGCAGUCUCAAUGGGGUUCAGCAACUGUCCAAGAUGGAGGUCGAAGAUCUUCUCAGGAAGGGGGCGUACGGGGCGCUCAUGGAUGAGGAAGAUGAGGGCUCUAAAUUUUGCGAGGAGGAUAUUGAUCAGAUCCUGCAACGCCGCACACAGACCAUCACAAUCCAGACUGAGGGGAAGGGAUCAACUUUUGCCAAGGCUAGCUUUGUGUCUUCAGGGAACCGUACAGACAUCUCUCUGGAUGAUCCAAACUUCUGGCAAAAGUGGGCCAAAAUUGCUGAACUGGAAAUUGACUCCAAGGCAGAAAAGGAGAGUCUGGUGAUCGACACUCCUCGCGUAAGGAAGCAGACGCGUCACUAUAAUUCUUUUGAGGACGAUGAACUGAUGGAGUUCUCUGAACUGGACAGCGACUCAGAGGAACGACCCUGUCGCACAAGACGUCUCAGUGAUCGCAACAGACGCUACCUCCGAGCAGAGUGCUUCAGAGUGGAGAAAAACCUUCUUAUUUUUGGGUGGGGUCGCUGGAAGGAUAUUCUCAAUCAUGGGCGUUUUAAAUGGCACCUGUCGGAGCGAGACAUGGAGGUGCUGUGCAGGGCUCUUCUGGUCUACUGUGUUCGCCAUUAUAAAGGAGAUGACAAAAUUAAAAGCUUCAUCUGGGAUCUGAUUACACCCACUAAAGAUGGACAUAAUCAAACACUGCAAAACCACUCAGGUCUGUCUGCUCCUGUCCCGCGUGGUCGCAAAGGAAAGAAACUGAAGAACCAGUUGAGUCCACCUGAGCUGAAGAAUGCUGACUGGCUGGUCCACUGUAACCCAGAGGUCGUGCUUCAGGACGACAGCUACAAGAAACACCUCAAACAACAUUGCAACAAGGUGCUACUGAGGGUGCGGAUGCUGUACUAUCUGAAGGUUGAAGUGCUGGGGGAGGCUGCUAAUCAGGCUCUUGAAGAGAUCCCAGCCAGUAAACUGGAGGUAACCCUGCCUGAUAUCGACUACAUUGAGAUCCCUACUAUUUGGUGGGAUUCUGAGGCGGAUAAAUCGCUGCUUAUUGGAGUUCACAAACAUGGGUAUGAGCGGUAUAACGCCAUGCGUGCAGACCCUGCUCUGUGCUUCCUGGAGCGGGUGGGUAUGCCUGAUGUCACUGCACUGACGGUAGAACAAAGUGGAGCAGAAACUGCUUCCGAUGCACCGGAUAGUAUCAGCAAAAGUGAUGAAAUUAAAGAGGAAAACGACAUGAAGUCUGAAGAAUUAGAAGAGAAAGUAGAGAUCAAGGAGGAGCCCAUGUCAGAGGAAACAGGGAAAAAUGACACUACAGUGACAGGGGGCUUCGUAGCAUCUCUCGCAGGAGACCUGAUUACAGAGAUGAUGGAACAGGGGCGGAUACAGUGGCCGGCAGGUUCGGCUCUUACAGCACGUUUACGCCGCCUCAUUACUGCAUAUCAGCGUUACACGCGCCGUGAGCCACUUCGUCAUGAUUUCCUCUUACACGAUGGAAUUGCACCUGUGACGUGGCAAAUUGGAGAGUUUAGGCACUGCACAACUGAGCCUGACCCACUCUUUUUGGAGUGGCAACGAAGGUGGACACGUCGUGAGCAGGCUGACUUCUAUCGCACAGUGUCCUCGUUUGGAGUAGUGUAUGACCCAGACAAGAAAAUCUUUGACUGGGGCCAGUUCCGUGCCCUUGCUCGAUUGGAGAGGAAGACCGACGAAAGCUUGGAGAGAUAUUUCCACAGCUUUGUUUCAAUGUGUCGCACUGCAUGUAGACUGCCGCCUAGAAAAGAUGAAGGUACCGUUGAUCCUUCGCUGUUUGUGGAACCCAUUACAGAAGAGCGAGCUGCCCGAACAUUAUACCGUAUUGAGCUUUUGAGAAAGGUCCGUGAGCAAGUAUUGCGGCACCCACUCCUGGGGGCACGACUGCAACUUUGUCGCCCUAGUUUGUACUUACCCGUCUGGUGGGAGUGUGGCAAACAUGAUCGUGAUCUUCUCAUCGGUGUUGCCAAGCAUGGCUUGAGUCGAACUGACUUCUACAUCCUCAAUGACCCACAACUAUCCUUCCUGGAGGCCCAUCGGAACUAUGUUCAUAAAGAAAACCACAGAUAUCCAGUCCCAGGCUUGCCUCACCAUCAUUGCUGCUUGUAUGAUGCCAACCUUGUACAUUGUCAGUCCCCACAACCUCCAGAGUAUCAUCACACACCUUCACCCCACACGCCAACACAACUUGUCCAUACUCAUGGGCAUCACCAGCCCACAGAAGUGGUAGCGUCAGAGCCAGGAAGUUCCCUGGGAAUAGGUUCAGGAAACAGGGAAGGGUUUUUGGACUGCCCUCCAUUAGAUGACUCACUGGAGUUGGGGUCUUUACAACAUGAAGGUUUGACAUCAGACACACUACAUAGCAAAUCUGGUAAAGAGGCCUUCAACGGAUUCCCGUUCAAUUCUGCAACUGGUGGGCUGAAUAUGCUAAAUUCGUAUGGUGUGCAGGGGGAGCUAAAUGGGGCUCAAGGAGAUAUGGCGGACUCCAUAGCUGGGAAACUUCGCAGCGAUGUUCUGGUGGGAGAGCAAGGGUCCUCGGAGGAGACUGGAUUAAUGGCUCCUUCUGUGGAACUCGAUGAACUUCAAACUCCAUGGGAAAGCUCAGACCAUGUUGAAACCUCUGACAUGUUCAACGAGACUGAUCCCAUUUUGGGAGCACAAGCUUUGGAACCCAGCUUUUUGGAUGCUCCUCAACCAGACGAUGGACGGGAGGGUGAUGAAACACUAACCGACUGUUUGAGCAUGCCCAGUUCGGACUCUCAAAGCAACCCUGUCGAGCCACUGGCACCAAGCUUUAUGUUGUUCAAAGACCUUAAUGUUGGAGAGGCAUCUGUGGAUCAGACAGAUUUAUCAUCCAGUCUUCCAGAUUAUGUUCCACCACCUCUUAGUCUCCCGGAUGUUAGUCUUGACCAGGCAGAUCCCAUUAGUGAGGAUCAAGAGGACAAGCUUAGUGAUUCCAACAUCACACAUGGUGUUCCCAGUCCAGGAGAAGGUGCUGAAAGCAUAGGGUUUCAUUUUGAGAAAGAAGACCUUUCUCCAGACAGUCUGAAGACUAAGGAUUCUCAAGAUGAAAUUGACAAGAUGCCUUCAAUAGAGUCUCCAAGGGACAAUUGUCUUGAGGAAUCUCAGAAAGGGGACUGCAAGGUGACAUUUGAUGACUCCAAUGAAGGAGACUUGGAAGAAUCUUACGAGAAGCCUCUAAGAGAGACAGAAAAAGUGCCUUUAGAGGAGUCUUAUGAUUUGACUUGUGACGAGACCCUGCAGGAACCUUGUGAAGGGUUUCAGCAAGACUCAGCGGAACAGCAAUUGGUGGAAGAACCCUCUGAAGAACCCUGCAAAGAACCAUCAGACCCAAUAGAAGAGUGCAAUCUAACUAACACUACUCUCUCAACAGAUUACCCUUUGCCUCCUUCACUCCCAUCAUCUCCAACUACCUUACCUGACACCUCUGUAUCUCCGGUCCUUGAUGUAGUCCCUAAACAAGAGUUCCUCAUGGAUCCAGUGGUGUCAGAUGUGAAGCCUGAGCCAGACAGCACUACGCAGACCCCUCACCUUGAGCAGACUGAGGUUUUGGAUGUAAAGGACAAGAUAAAAGACGAAGAUGCAAAGACAUCAGCAUUAUUGGGAGAUGUUGAUGCACCACGCUUUGCGCUGCCCAUGUGCGAGAUGGCAGACAGUAUCCAUGAAAUAAGGGAACCAACCAUUGCUCAGCUUUUACAGGAGAAAGCACUCUUCUCCUUCUCAGAGUGGCCUAAGGACAGAGUGAUCAUCAACCGUAUUGACAGUAUCUGCCAUACUAUCUUAAAGGGGAAGUGGCCUUCCUCUAGUCAACAGUAUGAGUCUCCCUCUGCAUUGGCUAACACCUGCAUGCCCAGCAGUGCCCACCAGAGGGCAGGAUUUCUGACUACCAGAAUGCCUAUAUCUCAGAGCCUUAACUUCAACCUCCCACAUGCAGUACCCCACUUACCAAAGGAGCGGUUAGUUGCCCCAGCAUUUCUCUCUGAGCUCAAACGUCCCAGGCGUGGGUUUGAAUUCGAGGCAGAAGUUCUUGCCAAACCAAGCCAUCUUGGAGAAAAGAUCCAGGUUGGCGUGUCUCAUCGUGCUAACGCUCUUCUCCUUAAUGGUUGGCAGGAUGCCGCUAUUGACCUCUCCAAACCAUCUGAACUAACAGUUGGUGGAGACAGUGGGCCAAUCAGUCAUAUGAGCCACACUGUCCAGUCAGCGCCCCACAAAAUAACCGGGAUAGGCUCCAUACAAGGCUCACUGGGAUUGGAUAUGGCUGGCAUUUUGCAGGCUGGCUUAAUUCAUCCUGUCACAGGGCAGAUUGUCAAUGGUAGUCUUCGUCGUGAUGAUUCAAUGUUGAGACGGAGAAGAGGACGAAGAAGAAAUGUAGAGACUCCUGAUCUCGGCUUUAUGAAGGGACGAGCCAUGAACUUGCCUGAACAACAGUGUGGGUCAGAGAGCAUCAGCCAGCCUGUUGUGUCCUCAACAUCCUCUCAGUCAGAAUGCCCUCCAUCCACCCCGACUACACUUCCUACUCACCCUCCAGCAAACUCUCCAGCUCCUCCUCCAGCCUCAGAGACCCUGAAUGUGAGCGUGGACAGGGACACGGCCAAUAAAGGCCUAAUGGAAUGGCUCCGACAAAACCCCAACUACAACAUGGAGCUUUCUGCUUUUCCAUCGUCUCAGAAUGCGAGCAUGUUGCACAGUUUCUUGGAGCGUCCAAAGCAGAGAAGGCAUCGCUGCAAAGAUCCCACCAAGCUCGACGUCAGCUCUCUAACUGGAGAGGAGAGAGUCCCGGUAGUGCACAGAAACACAGGCCGCAGGCUUGGAGGCGCUAUGGCUCCAGCCAUUAAAGAGCUCUCUCGGUGGCUGGAUGCAAAUUCAGAAUACUCUGUGGCUCCUGAUUGGGCGGAUGUGGUGAAGCAUUCGGGUUUUCUACCGGAGGGCAAAUUCGCACGCAUCCUCACUGGACCUGUGUGUCGGGAUCCCGGUCCACGCAGAAGAGGCAGGCGACCCCGCAGCGAGAUGCCCAAAGCCCCCGAGCUCCCCGCUGGCAUGGCUCCGCUCUUCAUGAACGGUGGGCUCAUUGGCAGCAUGGACCUGGUUAGUUUACCCAAUCUCCGCAAUGUCCCUGGUAUCCCACUCACCGGUAUCAUGGGCUUUCCUCAUGGUUUCGCCACUGCUGUAACAUCAGGAGAUGAUGCCAAGAAUGGUCUCGGCAUGUUGCCCAUGAUGCUCCAUGGCAUGGCGGCCGUGCAGCCGCCCAUGUAUAGCGCUCACAUGAGUGGGAUGAUGAGUCAGUCACUUUCAACGGCGACAUCCACUAUGUCCACCGUAACUGCAUCCACAACAGCGAGCGUGACUACGAACUCCGCAACCGUAACCUCAACCUCAAGCCCGCCGGAUAGUUCGGAUACUGCACUUCAGCGGGAUAACACGGGCUCUCCGAUGAGCACGGAGAACUGGAUUAAGGAGGAAGCAAAGCAAGGAGGGGAAGAGAAAAAAGUGUCCGCUUCGGUGUCUACAGCUGCGGCCACUAGCAGCAGUAGUAGUAGCUGCAUCACAAGCACCGGCAGCCAUUUGACCUUUAACCCCUUUCUAAUCCCGGGAAUGUCACAUAGUCUGUUGUAUCCGCAUAUGUUCUUGCCACCAGGCAGUAUAAUGGCAUUGCCCGCUAUGCCUGCAGCAGACAGCACGGGCAGCCCUAAGAGGAAGAGGAAGAAGGUAAGAGAGGAAGGACUCGUGGAGGGAAACGGGAACGGUGGCGUGCAGAUGGACGGCGAGGAAUCGAAGGGGGUUAAAGUCGAACAGACACCCGAACGAAAGAGCCAAGAGGGUGUAAUGGAAGAAGAUGGACAUGAUGUAAAUUUAGCUCUGGUCAAAGAUUCUUCUGACCAUAUACAAGAUCCUUCCGAGGAUAAAAGUACUGAAGAAAAGGAAAAAAACAAAACGGGAGAAGAACCUGAGCAAGAUUCUCAAGGCCCGUGUGACGGUGGAGACUAGAAUGCAUCCUCACGUUUGGGCCACAGUACUUUUGUGUGUGUCGUGUCGGUAAAAGUUUGUGUAUAGGACUUUGAUUAUCAAUGUAUUGUUUAUAGAUCUGCCCUUGUAAUUUCACUGACAUCUACUCUACCUUCUGGGUGUGUGCUAAAGAAAUAGACACUUGAAGCAUGCAAACGCUCAGAGGUCUUGAAUCCUACAAAGGGGCAACAUCAUCAUUGUUGUUAGCAGGUUUCUUUUGCAUCAUGGGAAUGGACACUCAGAAGAUUCUGUCUAUUGACGGAGAACGCUCUUAGUGACCCCAGCAUCCCCCCCUCCCCCCUCGAUUAGGUGUUAUUUACUGGCAUCUUUCACAGAUUCUCAGAAAGUGGUAGGAUGUUGGUAUUGUGCAAAAAAAAGACAGCAGUCUCACUCCAUAAUGGUGGUUCGGAUCAUGCUUUUAUAGUUGCAUAAGACCUAGAUUCAUGUUUUGAAACAUUUCUCAGAAUAAUGUAAAGAAAACGCUCAUCCCAUUGGUAGAUUACCAGCAGUGCUGCGUCUGAUUCGUUCUUGAUGGACCACAGUAUUUUGUUCUUAGUUGCUUGCUGCUAUGUAUUCAUUUUAGUCAAGAUUUUAACCUAAAUCUUUUACAAAGCUAUAGAUGGCAUGAGUGCAACAUGGUGAGUGCAAUGCAAACUUAAAAAGAGCAAGGCUUGAAGUUGAUGGCAAAGAACAAUCCAAAACAAAAUUGAUUUAUCUUUUGUUUUGUUUGUCUUAGUGUUUUUGGUAUCAUUUCCACAUUGUCGCUUUUGAUAAGGUGCACCCGUUGCGAUACUACUAAUCGUUUAUAUAGAUGGUUGUGUGUACUUGGGGGUUCUGCAAGUCCAAGGGCGAAGCAUUAGUGCCAUAGAGGAGACUCGGUUCUAAAAGGUUUUGGUA